AUGACAAAGCUCAUCCUUGUUCUCGUCGCAAAAAUCCUUCUCCUCGCCGCCCUUGCUCUCGCCGGAGACGGUGGAGACUUCGCAAGAACGAUGAACCCAAAACACCUCGGCCUCUACAAAAAGGAGAAACUCACCUAUCUCCGAUUCUACUGGCACGACAUGUUAAAAGGUCGAAACCCUAGCGCCGUCGUGAUCCAACAGCCGGUCUCGAACUCCUCCUCAUUCGGAGCGAUGACCAUGAUGGACGACCCAUUGACAACGGAUAUGCCAAGGAACUCGACUGUGGUAGGCCAGGCCCAAGGGAUUUAUGCCGACGCGGCUCAAGGAGAUAUUUGCUACUUGAUGAUUAUGAAUUUCGCUUUCAAGACCGGAAAAUACAAUGGGAGUACGAUCACGAUUCUUGGUCGGAACCCGGUAUUUACCAAGGUUAGGGAAAUGCCGGUGGUCGGAGGAAGUGGAAUCUUCCGGUUCGCUAGAGGUUAUGUCACGGCUGAGACCAAGUUUUUCGAUUUCAAGGGCGGUGAAGCCACUGUUGAGUACAACUGUUUUAUCGUGCACUACUGA